CUGGGGCCUCCUCUGGACAUACUGCUGGAUUCACUGAACUGCACAGCAUUCAGCGUGCAAUGGAGGAUGCCAAAGCAGCACACGAGCACCAUCACGGGGUACACGGUCUUUUACUCAGAGGUUGAAGAUGACAAAGCAGUUAAACAGCGCUCACACGAUGUUCCCCUGAGUUUGGAUAUGCUUAGCAUGGGUCAACUUGAAGGACAAGCAAUUUUUGAGGUUGUGAUCGGUGAUCUAAAGCCAGGCACUCCACACCGUGUUAGCGUUGGAGCGUACGGCUGGGCAGGGAAAGGACGACCCAGCAUGCCCAGGGACGUGACGACUUUAUCCCAAGAUAAGUGCAUGCCCCCUGCACCACCCUACCAGCCCCAGAUCGUUGUAGUUUCUGAUUCAGAAGUUGCGUUAUCCUGGAAGCCUGGAGUGAGCGAAGGAAGUUCUCCCAUCCAGUACUACAUGGUGGAGUUUAUCAGGCCAGACCUUGACAGCAAUUGGACAGUAAUAAGAGAGCAGAUCCAGAUGGAAUCCAUGGUUCUCAAGGGACUUCUCCCAAAUACCAAGUAUCAGUUUGCCGUCCGAGCAGCAAACUCCUACGGAUCCAGCCCUGCCAGUGUGCCAAGCGACAUCAUCCAAACGUUCAGCUCUGAGGAGUUAGGAAGUGGAAGCUAUGGGCAUCGAUAUAUCACAGACACAGUGACUGGUGACGAUGAUGGGUUUGACAUCGAUGACUCAGACUACGACAUUUACAUAGAAGAGUUCAGACCACUUCCUGCUAUCAAAGGAGGCAACAGAAAAUUUCUGGUCGAAACUAAGGUCACACCAGGGGCCAGUUCCAGGCUCCUGUCACGGGUUCUUACAACCACUUCUGAACCUACUACUUCCACUCCCACCACCACACGGCCUUCAACCACAGCGAGGGCGACUACGUCUCGGGCAGCGAGGAGGGGCAGCGUGUCUUCUGCGACACGCCUCUUCGAUCUCUCCUGUGAUGAGGCUGUCUGUUCUGCAGACAGCUUUUGCGUCAAUGACUAUGACCGUGGCGGCUCACGCUGCCACUGCAACUUGGGAAAAGGAGGAGAGACGUGUGCAGAAGAUAUUAUUAUCCAGUAUCCUCAGUUCUCUGGCUACUCAUACAUCACCUUUGAACCACUGAAAAACUCCUAUCAGACAUUUCAAAUUACCCUUGAAUUCAGGGCUGAAUCAGAAGAUGGUUUGCUGCUAUACUGUGGAGAGAAUGAACACGGUCGUGGUGAUUUUAUGUCACUAGCAAUCAUCCGACGUAGCAUCCAGUUCAGGUUCAACUGUGGCACUGGAGUUGCAGUCAUAACAAGUGAAAAUAAAAUCAAGCUGGGGAACUGGCACAGUGUCACGUUGUUCAGAGACGGCGUUAAUGGCUGGCUCAGGAUGGACAGCGAUGCUCCAGUGACAGGAAAAUCUCAGGGCCAAUAUAGUAAAAUUACAUUCCGGACUCCCUUCUACGUUGGUGGUGCCCCCAGCGUGUACUGGCUGGGGCGCCGCGGGUUUCAGGGCUGCGUUGAGUCGCUCAGCGUCAAUGGAAAGAUAAUUGACAUGAGACCCUGGCCAUUAGGGAAAGCUCUCAGUGGUGCUGAUGUCGGUGAGUGUAGCAGUGGCAUCUGUGACGAGGCCGCCUGCAUCAACAGUGGUACCUGUACUGCCAGCAAAGCGGAUUCAUACAUUUGCCUUUGUCCUCUUGGAUUUAAAGGUCAUCAUUGCGAAGAAGCACUCACCUUGGCUAUACCUCAGUUCAACGAGUCCUUAAGGUCAUUUGCUAGCACACCCUGGCCCUUGGAACCGCAGAAUUACCUUUCCUUCAUGGAGUUUGAGAUGACAUUUCGUCCAGAUUUAGAGACUGGUGUCCUUUUGUACAGCUACGACACAGGCAGCAAGGACUUCCUCUCCAUUAACAUGGUGGCUGGUUACGUGGAGUUCAGGUUUGACUGUGGCUCAGGAACGGCUGUUAUCAGGUAA